GUAGUCCGGAGCUGGAUGACGCGAGGCGGCCAGCGGAAGUGGCCGCGGGGCUUGCCGGGACUUAUAGUAGUUAGAAGCUGCGUUCACCGGUUGCCGCCUACACGGUCCGCUGCAGCGCCGCGGUUACCAAGGGGUACAGAAGGUUGUGGUAGGCGCCACCGUGGAGCGGCUCCGAGGUCCCCGGGAGUCUCGCAGGCGCGCCUCCCGCGUUGCCGGGACGCAGCCCUUGCAGACGCCUCGGAGGCGGAAGCGACGACGGAGGCAGGCCGAGGACACUGGUUAGUGGCUCGGAAAUGUAACCUCAAGAAGAAGCCCAAGAGUGUGCUUCAGGCACCCGCUGAAGUUCAGGAAAGCCAGAAGAAAUUUUCUUCUGAGGUCAGGGGAAAUAAAGGGUUUCAGCAGGAAAACCAAGCGGACAUUCUUGGACAUGUGCUGGACCGGGCUUUUCUGCUGAAGCACCAUUGUGUGAGGAAGCCAUCAGACCUGAUCAACAUCAAUGUGAGCGGCCUGAAGUUCUCCAAGGCUAAGGAAAAGGACUUCAAGCAUUUUAAUUCAGUGAUUUACAUCAAUGCCUCAGAAAACCUGCUUCCUCUAGAGGCAUUUCAUACAUUUCCAACCUUAAAGGAACUGGAGCUCGCAUUUAAUGGAAUCAAAACAGUCUAUGUGAAAUACGGAGACUUUAAGUUCUUGGAAAUCCAGCCUUACCCAAAGGAAUUUAUUUACAUAAGAGAGCAGACCAAAGUCAAGAUGCCGAAUGUAAAUGAGAAGUUCCUGGACCUUUCCUUCAACAGCCUGACUGCAGAGGCCAUUUGUGAUCUGGGGAUUCUCCCGCACCUCCGUGUCCUGCUCCUCACAGGCAAUGGGCUCACCUCCCUGCCACCCAAUUUGGCUGUCAAAGAACAGGAAGCAUCUGUAACAUCACUGACAAGCAGGAGGUACAUCCUGAGGUUCCCAGCACUGGAGACGCUGAUGCUAGAUGACAACAGGCUCACCAGCCCCAACUGCUUUGCCAGCCUGGCUGGGCUCAGAAGACUGAAGAAAUUAAGCCUGGACCAAAACAGGAUUUUCCGGAUCCCGUACCUACAGCAGUUUCAGCUCCGUGACGGGUCAGGGGACUGGGUUGGAGGCAGGGGGUGUCCCCAGAAAGAGCUCCAUUCCAUGCGACAACCCAAGUCAUGGAUGUUUGAGGCCUCUGAUGAGCAACCAGAUUAUACUGUACUGCCCAUGAAAAAGGAUGUUGACCGAACAGAGGUUGUGUUCUCAUCUUACCCUGGAUUUUCAACGUCAGAGGCAACCAAGGUAUGUGCACUUCCUCCCAUAUUUGAGAUUCUUCCCGUGAAGUCACUGAAGGCCAGGAACCAGACGCUGGCCCCACCCUUUCCAGAGCUGAGGUACCUUAGCCUGGCCUACAACAAGAUCGCCAAGGAGGAUGCCAUCCUGCCAGUAGCUCUUUUCCCGUCUCUCUGCGAGCUCAUCUUUCAUAAUAACCCUCUGGUGUCCCAUACACGAGGGGUCCCUCCACUGCUGAAAAGCUUCCUCCAGGAGCGGCUGGGGAUCCACUUGAUUCGCAAGAAGAUAGUAAAGGCUAAGCAUCAUAUUUUGAUGCCUCGGAAGGUCUCGAGGAAGGUGAAAACCCAAGUCCCAAAGGUGCCAAAGCAGCCUCUACUUCUCCAUCAUCUCCCUGUGACCGCAGUCCCAUCUCCCUCAAAGGAGAUCCCAGAGUCUGAGGCAGGGCUGACUAAAGAGCUGUCUGCUGCCGGCAGUCCUCUGGAGUCACAGAUACCUGUUGAGGGCGUGGAGGGCCUCUCCCUGUCCCAUCGGACCUUCGUGCCCCUACCUCCCAUCUGCUCCGAUUCCACCGUGCACAGUGAAGAGACCAUGUCCCACCACAGUGACAGACCCGGCCGCCUCAGCCCAGAGCACCUAUCAGACGAGGACACCAAGAGCAUGGAGUCCAUAUUCUUGACCCAGGUGGGUGAGCUGCCUUCCUCCAUCCUCCAGAGGGAUGAUUCAGCCAUGAAGGAGGAAGAGCAAAGACCACCCCACACAGCAUCCAGAGAGGUAAAGAGGGCUUGUCGGAAGCCCCCGACUGCCUCCCUCCCCAGCAAGUACCAUGGCUACGAGGAGCUGCUGACAGCCAAGCCUGAUCCAGCCUUUGUUGAGCCAAAGGGAAUCCAGAAGAACACACAGGCCCUGCAGCGCAUGCUGAAGUGCCCGCUGCUGUGCCACUCCUCCAAGCCCAGGCUGGACACACUUCAGAAACGCUAUGUGCCCAAGAAGAAGCGGGCCCAGAGGAUCCCUGUUCCACCGCCACGGAAGACUCGAGCCCAGCUGCUGGAUGACCUCCUCAUUCGCAUGCGGGAUCCCCGGAACAUUACAGAGGCUCCACUAGGAGCUGUCCUGCGCCAGCAGACUGAGAGGCGGCUGGUGAACCAGAAACAAUACCUGGAGGCCAAGCGGCUGCUGAAGGAGUUCCAGGCCCGCUACAGGCAGCUGGUGCGCUGCUCACUGCGUACAGUGUUCAGGGCUGCAGCGCCACCCCCGGGCCGCCCAGCACUGAGCGAGGGCCCGCCUAGGUUCGGCCGCUUCCUCGAGUUCAUGGAUGAGUUCUGCCAGGGGCCCACGGCCAGCGACUCGAAAGGCUAAGGGCUGCGCACGGGGCCAUGCGCACUCCCCGGCCUGUGCCUGACGCCCUCCCAGGGCUCUGUGCCCUGGACCACACCUUGGGGCUGGGUAUGCCAGGUGCAGGCCUCAGAUCUUGGCCUGGCCUUGCUUGCUGGCCGCAGAGUGGGGAACUGGUCAGGACCUCCCCUUCCCGGGCUGGGCAGGACCCAGCACCUGGCCAAGCAGCAAUAAAGAGUAGGUGCAUAUAGAG